AAUGUGAUGAGGCUUAAUAUGACAGAAACGCUCAUAAGCGCGGAAAAUGUUUCACCGGUCACUUUAAGUGGAGAUUGGUCGAGAGUUGCUCGUUUACUUACCCUGGCAUCUUUAUCAGCUGUCGGCAGUAUUGGAAACGUAUUCAUGAUAAGUGCCGUUAUGAUUGAUGAUUACCUUAGAAAACGAGGUAACGCAUUCCUGGUGAACGUCGCACUCGCCGAUCUUCUAGUAUCCGGUUUGGUCGUACCAGCCUCGGCCAUAGUCAUACUCGCCGGUCUCCAGGACAAUCUGGUCGUCUGUCGCUUCCAGUGGUUCUUGGCGGCCCUAUGCUUUCUAGUCACCGUUUUAUCUUUGGCGGCAACCUCAGCGGAAAACCAGGCUCGAUUGUGCAGUUCGACGGCAUUCUACGACGCGCUUACACCAGGUAGAAUUACCACCGUACUUCUGCUAUUCUGGGCGUUAUGCUCCAUUAUUUCCGGAUUACAAUUUGCGAAGGAUCUAUCGUUUGAUUACUGCACACGAAAGUAUCCAGGCUUAAUUCCAUAUCAGAUCACGAUAGCUGUAGUUUUUGUUUUCGUUCCAUUGACUUUGUCGUUUGUUUGUUAUAUAAGGACGCACUACAACGUACGUAUCGCCAAAGCUCGGCCAAACUUUAAGCCCCCCGUUCAGUUCAGCUGGGAUUACGGGUUAAUGCAGGCGAAUAUGUACAGUUUGUUACUUUUCAUUGUAUUUUGGCUUCCUUUUGGUGUCGUAUUAGCGGUCGGUACCGUACGCACAAUUCCCGAUAGCAUUUUUUACAAUUUCGCGUGGCUGGCCAUAAGCAAAUCGUGCGUUAACAGCAUGCUGUACUGUGUUGCGAACCGCCAUUUUCGUAGCGCUUACAUUAACCUGUUCCAUUAUUGCUGUUGCAAAACGACCGUCUCGUUCUCGCGCAGGCAACGUCCCGAAGGGGUGAGACCAUCGGGCGAUGUUCGCGUGCACAUCAUUCCCGGCUAUAAUAUGUACUGUAGUCCCCAACGGUGCCGUGAGGGCCAGUCGAAACGAUCCUCGACGCGCCCAAACGGAAGGGACAUAUAUGAAUUAUGAUGAGACGAUUCCUGCUCGGAGGGAUGCAGCCGUGGCGUUUGGAUUUAGCCAGAGAACCUUUAUUUUACUCACGCAGUGAUGAGAUUUUUUAAAUGCCCGACCUCUAACAUUCCUAACGUGCUUUCGUUCGUACAAAACUAGGAAACGAUCAGUAUUUCCAUUUUAGAUUAUUAGUUUAAGCGCUUAAGAAAUUAUUUAUAAACAUAUAAUAGUUAUCAUCGGGUGAGCCAUUUGCGUUUAAUUUCCAAUUUUAUGUUAAGUUAGACUUCAUAGCGCUCUUUUUGGAACAAAGGAUCAUACAUAAUGAAAAUCGUGCUGAUGAUGUAUUCAGUUUGAUGCGCAAGGGAUAGUGCUUCAAUGAGAGUAAGCUUAUUUUUUCAAUGGUCACAGCCACAUUAAAAAUAAAGGCAAACAAAAAAUGCUUUAGACCAAUGUCGCUCUUUUAAAAUAAAACCAAUAAGAAAUUCAAACUUGGAAUCGCGGAUGUCGUUGUCGAUUGCCGAUGUCUCUUUACUUUAGAGAAAUGAUACCUCCACGUCGAAAAAUAAGCGUAAAAGGAAAGAUAGUGUAAAUUUCAAACGAUGUGGUAUUGCAUUGUGAUCGAACAUUACUUGGUAAUAAUACACACUGCUUUCCAAGCUCAAUCCAUUGUAUAAACGCUUCGUCUUUUGGCGAUUUAUCUCAUGUUUACCUACUGUGAAUGAUAUUUGUGUUUAAUCGGAAGAAUAAUGAAAAUUUGUCUUUAUGUCACGUUAACGGAAGUAGAAUAAUAAAGUAUCACUGCUCAUUUUAAAUUAAAACGAUUGUAGAAAUCAUUUAAAAUACAAUAAAUCAGGAAAUGUGUGUGCUUUAACUAUGUAUGUGGGAAGAAGGAAUAAUUCUGGUAUUUUGGAUUAUCAUUUUUAUCCACUUCCCGGUAUACAUAUGUAUAGAACAUGUAAAUACAAUAAUACAUUUCGUAGACCAAUUCUAUAACUGCAAUCGUGUCAUUGCUUCGGUUGUGUACUGCCUUUGGCUAAUAAAUUUUAUGAUUUGAGUUUCCGUAGGAUUGUGCUUUAGUUGAAGACAGUCCUGCACAUGUAUAUGUCAAUUGACUUACUCAAGUCGCAGGGGUUUGUAGUUAUGGUUGAAUUAUCUGCAAAUUUCCCUGUAUAUUAACCGCAUUUGGUAGGCCAUUAACGUAGGUAUACCUACCCAGAACAAAAGUGAACCAAUGACUGAUCCUUGAGGUACGCCAAACAUGAUUGGUUCUAUGUUCGUCAUUUUGGCAAGUGAUUACUGAGGUAACAACUAAAAAGUUUUAAAGGCGUUUCUCGGAUAUUCUAAUAUCCUAGUUUGACUUCAAGUGUUGUUCAAUGACAUUUGUUUUGUGUAUAUCUAAGUACUUCCGGUUAAAGGUACUUUGGCAAGGACCUACAAACUGUAUUAUUACCUAAUAAAUGACGUCAGACGACAGCUCUUUUUAGAAACUCUUCCUGAAUUGAAUUACACCAUAAUUCGUAAUGGUCGUCACUUGGAAGAUCGAACAAGAUCUUCAAGAUUCCACAAGUUUGGAUGAUUUCUAUCAAUCCCCUAAAGGAUAUGGCAAAUCAAUUAUGACUAUUCUUUUCAAACCCAUUUCCUGCUUCCUUUGUGAAGAUCGUGAUCGUGGUAUCUUACAAAGGGUUGAAGAUUCUCUCAGGUUCGUGGUGUAAAUUCUUCUUCAAAUUUCAUCAUGUUGUUAUAUUGAAGUACUUUUGGAACUUACCUUUUUGUACUUUUACUUCCAGCCAGCUCAAGUAAAAAUAGUUUGAGCAUAGGAACGAUUUAGUUCGUUUCUAUUUCAUUAAUAUUUCAUUAAUUGUUCAUAAUUUGUAACAAAAACUGGGAAAAAUACUAAUUUAAAAUGUAUACUCUAAACGUUUUAGAGAGUUUAUGUAAUUUCAUGCCUCUCUUUGACACAAAAACUCUUUUUACUUUCCCUUUCGUAAAAUAGCAAUAAUUCCAAAAAAGUAAAGACAUAUUAACACAGUCCGGUAAAAAAACGCAAGCUGGUUAAUAAUCCAGCGCUGGAGUGAGAAAACAAAGCGCUGGAUUAUUAAAAUGUCCAUUUACCAAUGGAAAAUUUUAUAAUUUCGACAUAAGCCUUUCUAUUUUAGCACUAAACUUCUUCUCUUUCACUCACUUUUAUAAUUCAUUUAACCCGCUUUCAAAAUGACCAAUUUAUGGCGCUAAUUGUUGGAUACAAAUCGUAAUAUUUUCAAGCUUUUGCUUUAGAGUUUACGUGAAAGCUGUCAGAGCGAAUUCCUUUCUUUACCGCAAUUCAUUUGCUUAUCAUGCUAAUUUUACGUACGUUAAUAGAUGCAUUGUUAACUAAAUGUACCAUUUAAGUUAGGUACAUCGUAAAAUCCAAAUUUUCAUCUACUGUAAAAAGAAAUUGAUUGUUGAGUACGAAUAUGGGUCGCGUCAAAUCCGAAAAUCACGUCGAGUUUAGGACCACUGCCUAAACUUUUAUUUUCUUUCCUGUGUGAUUCUGAACAUAUUCUUUAAAUUCCUUAUAAAAUUCCUACUGCUGGUCCUUGGAUUUCAAAAAAUCUCAGUCUGAUGUAGUCAUUCUUGAAAAGUAACAAGUCUGUAGAACCAUCAUAGUCCAUAGGACCACAGAUAUCGACAUAAAUGAGUCCAGUACAUGAUUCUGGUCUAUUAUUACCCUUCUUAAAGGCUUAAUGCGCCUGUUUUUCUUUGGAACACACUUUGAAAUAGCUCAGAUUUCGCAAUUUUAAACCCGAAACCGCACCUUCAUGCAUGAUUUUAAGAUCUCUAUAAUUAAUGUGUCCGAAUCACCUAUGCAAAAUGUCACCAUUAGCUACCGAGCUGUCUACAAAGAUGGUCCGUGGACUUUUCUUACUUGUAAGUAUAAGUCUACAGGGUGUAUCUUUUCGAGCGUGAUUCCGCAUUAUUUUCUGAGUAAAAAAGUCUAAUAAAAAUUUUCCUCUAGAUUUCACUUUACUUGCUAAAUUUCGAAGCAUUAUCGUGUUUAUUAGGGCACUUGUUCUUGUAACGCCCAUGUUAAGCGCAUCGGAAACACUUUACAUUUGUAAAUUUGCCUUUAAGGGUCAGCUAUCUCACAUUUAGAACCGGUGCUGCCAUUCCGGUUGUGGGCCCUCAAUUUGAAUUUAGUCGUCUUUUCCUCUUUUUCCGCGACUGCUGCCUUCAUCUUGUAUAUCUAGCAACUUUGUCUUUAUCGAAUCUGUAGUUAUAUCCAUUCCGCUAUGCUCUAUCUCAAUGAUUGUAGCGAAUCACUCAGACGAUCCCGCUAGUAAUAACGAGCCUACCCAAUUAUCCUCCAUUUUGAAGCCGGUGUUCUUCAAUUCUGUAGCCAUAGGAAGAUAAGGGUUCUUAACAAGUUUUCUAGUAAAACCAGUACCUACCAAUACAUACUUUUUAAGUGUGUCUCCUGUGCAAUUUUGGCGUCUUUUAUGUAUACGUAAAACGAAGCAUCCAAAGUGAGCAUCAAUUUUGCUUUGGCACGAAUGCCCCCGUUUCAAUAUCCGAUAAAAACCUAAAAGAAUGAAAGUUCAAGGGGAAUUAUAAAGAAGCAAAAGUAAUUAAUUGCAAAAGGUGUAUUAGCCGAAAUCGGACAGUGUCCGAAAUUUAUACCCACAACGCGUUGUGAGCACCACAGUUUACCCAGAAUGCAAUAAGAGUAAACGUUUCCGAUUAACGGUUAAAAAAAAGUUGUGGGUAUUUUUCUUCACCUUGAUCUUGUUUUGCGUUGUAGGGGUAUCUCGCUUUUCUCACUUCGCAUUGCUUGUAAUACAAGAAGUACAGGGAAAUGUUCAAAAAAGUGCAAAAAUUUUGCGCUUUUUUGGCUCUCAAAUCUGACGCACAACCUAGAAACCGUCACAAACUCAUAUACCCGUUAUUCAGGGCCCCUUAAAGGGGUUAAAACGAUUUCCAGCUCUCGAGCAAUUUUUAGGGGCUAGACCCUUUUUUAGCACUUAUAUGCCUGGGUCAUAACGCUUUUAAAUGAAAUCAGUAAACGGAAAAUCCAACUUUGUUCACGAAACAACAUUCCGCUAUUAUAUAAAUAAAAAUUUACUCUGAAUAACAUUUAUUACGCAACGAGACAUGGGCCAAACGAAAAUAUCCACAACCACGAAACAGGAGCACUUGGGAUUGGGCUUCGGAUUGUGGGUCAAUAAAUAUGCCCAGAACGCGUUUUGGUUAAUUUCUUUUAACUAUUCGUCGGAAAAUUAAACUCUUAUCGCAUUCUGAGUAAACCACAGGCGCAGUGUCCACAAGGCACUAUGGUUAUACAUUUCGGCUAUUGAGAAUAACAUAUACAUCUGAUUGACUUCAAACAAGACAAUUUAAACCAUGGCCUAAAUUAGGCCAUGAUUUAAACAAUGUUUUAAAUAUCCUUUUAAAUGUGUUCCUUUUCAAAUUGUAACAUUAGCUCAUUAAGUAUUAUUUUUGAAGAAAAUGUAGGGGCUGUUUCCGUAUCUUUUUAAGUUUAAAUAUAAGGAACGAUAUUUUCUGGUGAAAUUUGAUGGAAGUCGAAGCCCUUUCGCAAAUUUUAGGAUGAGAAUGAUACUUGAUUCAAUCAAGCCGUGAAAUGAAGAAAAUUCAUGGAGUUUCUUCUGUAGAUUGUUAACAAGAGAGUGUAAGAUGCUUGAAACCAGAAACUUGGAUUAUUAACAGCUUAGCUAUAAAUUCAGAACUACUUAUGUGACGCGAAAUUAUUAAAUAUUCCUUACAACGAAAGUGCAAUUUAACAUAUGGUAUACAAAUUAAAAAUUAACAUAAAUACGACCUGCAACAAUAACAGGGAGGAUACAACGCCGUACGCAAGAUAGCCUAUUAUUUCUUCUCAAUCCAAAAAAUCUCUUUUGUACUAGUUGUUGAUUUUUAAAUUUUAGCAGCCAUUAGUGGCCAAAGACUCCAGUGCUUUUUAGUAUUUACUGGCAGACCUAAAUCGACUAAAAUUCGAUACAAAAGGAAGUGUACAAAGGUUUCUUACCGAUAUCCUAUAAAUUGGAGACUUAUUUUUUGUUACUAUAGUUUAAGGUUGUAGGUAUAUAGCGGGGUAUUACAGCUACUUCUUUGAAAGCGAGGAGCUUAUAAGAAUGUGCACGCGAAUUACAUUAAAAGGUCACUAACUCAGAGGGGUUGGGAGUAUUUUUGGAGAGUUGAGAUUCGCGCAUAUUUGUCAAGCGUGCUGCAGACCUUCAAUAACGUCAUCUUCGGUGCCAAAUUUGAAUUUUGUUCCUCUGAAAUAUUAACUUGUAAAAGAGCGAUAAUACAAUGAAAUUAGUCUCUUUUUGGAGCGAAAUCACUUGCAAUAAGCUGCACGUUCCACAAUUAGGCGUAUUUGCCCAAAACAUUAUAAUGGAUCAAUAAAACCUGUCCUGGCUUUACUCGAAGUUUUCCCAUUUUGUCAACGUAUUUAAAUAAAUCCAUAUCCAUUAACCGGUCUAGCUCUAGCUACACUUAAGGGGAGACUUUCCCAUAAUUAGCUUAAAUUGUAUGUGCUGCCCAACUUAUUAAUUUUGGUGAUGGAGUUAUUUAUAGUGGUUACCCCCUUUGUUAAUUUGCAGUCGGCUGUCUUGUGUUUGAAGGAGCUUGAAAGUGAAAUCCCUAUCCUUUGCACUCGUUCUGAGUUGAUCUCAUUUGUUGGUUCGAUAAAAAACCAUUUGGUGCAUUUCUAUAAAGGCUCACCCGGUGUAAUAAAUAAUGCAUCCUGGAUCCUCUUUAUUAAUGUAAGGCAUAUUUCUCGCACGCCUUUCCCAAGCUUUAAUAUUAAUGUGAAUAUUAUUAUAAAAAGAAAAAGAAAAAUUUCUGUAAAAGACUGAUAUGCGUGUAUUGAAUAGGUGUACCUUACCUAAAGCUGCGUCCACAAAUUGAUUGAAUUUUUUUAUAAUAAAUAUAAAGAGGUCAUAUCAAAGCAAAACAAAAGCACAAAUUAACGUAAAUUUUUAAUUUGCUCCGUCCACCUAGUUACAUUACUUACUGUCCCUUUUCACACAUUAUACGAGUUUAGGAUUAAUUUACGCAAUGAUGAAAACGUGGGAUCCAGGUAGCUGAGGCAAAACUUGAAUGGAAAAAUGUGUCAGUACCAUAGAGACAUUUCGGCUUUUCACACAGUAUUCCGAAAUCCGUACAGGAAUGCGAAAGUGUGUGGACCUAAAAACCCGAGUGCCUAUUGAAUGCUUUAUUAUUUUUAAAUGUAGACAAUACUGGUAAUCUAUCAAAGAAAGAUAUGUAUUUUGUGACUAAAUUCCACUUUAAAUCGACACGAAAUUUACGACACAGUUCCAUGAUGCGAAAGUGUUUACUUAUAGUUAGAAAAAUGUAACAAAAUUUUUGAAAACAACAUUUUUUAAAAUGUUGCCUUCUUCCCAACUGUGAUCUCUCUAACGAAGCUAGAACAUAAUGUUAUUAUUAUAAUAAAUAAUGUGAUAGGGGACCACUGAUGUGUGAAAUGGCUUGUCGGUGAAAUGUGAUUGCUUCUGCAUUUUACUGUAUUUCGAUUGUUGUUUGUUGCGACUUUUGAUGAGAGAUAAAAACACAUACAAUUUCAAUCGAAAAAGUUCGAUUGGGCAAACAAUGUUAUACGUAGCGUACAGUAAAUAACCUAAUUUUCCAAAGUACAAAGUUAUGGCUUCGUCGCAUUAACGGAAUCAAAAUUCGGUUGCCACUUUACGCUUUAUGCAUAAUUAAUAGUGGGUAACUAGGCGAAGACGUAAAAGGGCCGUAAAUGAUGCAAUCGGAAGCGUCAAACUUAUAAAAUCGAUAAAGUCGGAAUAUCGUACGUUUAUUAGGAAUGUGAGAAGUAUCCAAUCAUCUACUAUAAAAUUUGAAUAUUCAAUUGUAUACUUCUACAUAUAUUCUAGAAUGUAAAGAUGACACGUUUAAAAACUACUGUGUUACAUGAUUCAUAUGCAGUUUGGAAAGUAUAUCCAUUUCCGAGACGAGAGCUAGGAUACACAACACAUUCAUGUAGACGCACCUUAAAAGCUCUAGCCCAGCUUUCUUCAAAUUGACACAUAAUUCAAUGACAAUGUGAGAUUACAAAAAUUUAUUCUUUUACAAGUACAAAAUCCUGUAAUAAAAAUUCUAAGGUGACAUAAAUCCUUUUUGUACACUACCCGUCCACAGAACAGACAUAACAACGAAAAAAAAAAGAAUUCAAGAGAUCUCAAGAAAUAAAAAAUGAGUCCAAACAAUAUCCAAAUUAAGUUGAUCUACCAAAGGAGACGCAAUUACUGAUAAUACCUUUUCACAAAAACUGAAAGCUUUUACAAAUUCACAUUUUUUUGACCCAUUACAUCUUAAAAAAAAUUGCAUUAAAUUUGGCUGACCGGGUAAUUACAAAAAUUUAAAACAACUUUCAUAAACUAGGCAACGACAUUAUUUCGUUUCUUAAAAAUCCUUCCAACGGCAUACUUAACUUAACCCUCCCAACUAACUACGUUUUUCUAAUCGACUUGAAACAAGGGUACAAAAUUUCACGUAAAAAUGACUUACGAACGCGUUUAAUAUAACCCUACUUAUGUUACUACACUUAUUCAAGCAUUCACAACCUCCACUCUUUUAAUCCGCAUCGUCGAAACCCGAAAAGCCAACCCUGUCAACCCUCACAUGCGUACGCGUAUCGUGCAGGUUUAUUUGAUCACGCCCGGUCAUUUAGUUUGCCCGAUAACGGCUUUACACGCACAUUUAUCCAGAUAGAACUACUUUCUUACGUCGAUUUCAAAAUUCAAAUUAAAUGUUUCCUUAUUUUUGCGUUCCCUGAAUUUCUGACACUCAUCAAAUACAAUUACAACCCUUAGAUGAUUUACACAAAUCCUAAAUGUACAAUACAAAGAACUAACAUUACAAUGACCAUUAAAUAGAAGCCUCAAAUUCCGUAUCCACUUGACAGAGUUUCCCUCAGGUCCUAAACAAAUAAAUUUCAACAUUGUACAGAACGUCUUGCCUGGAACUUCUAAUGCUAAACCUAAAGUACGUUUACACCACGUAAAUUUUCAACUGUGGGGUGGCUCGCUCUCAAGGUCUGCAGUUUUGCAACCUAUAGAAACGAGACCCUUCUGCAGUUUACACAAUACUUUCCACCUUCCCUACAAAUUGUUUUGUUUAUAACUAUUUCCAAAUUUGAUUAUUUAUCUUGGGUUUCAUUUUUCAUCAGGAUUACUUUCGGAAUGAAAGUAUACUUACUUGGUUUUGACAUCUUAAUAUAUUGUAAAUUUGUGACUCAAAUUACACGCUAAUUCUUUAAAAUUCCGUAGGAUAUUUGAUUCGUGUGAAAUAAUUACGCUAAUGAAGUCUUCUAUUAUACGCACUUUGAGCUGUUUACAAUAAUUUUUUCCAGCAGCGCGAAAACGCCCCAUUUAUUCCUUAUCAUUGGGAGGCGAAGAAAAACGAGAACGUUUUUCCAUAUAUUUCAUUCAUUUAUCGCGUAUUUUAAAAGUUAAUCGAUUGCAGUACUAUCCAUCACUUGAUGAGUUGCAACCGCAGCACAAUUCCAUAAAUUUAAUGAGUCUGAGACGGUCCUGAAUAUGGCAGCAUUUUUGCCAUGUUUUCUCUCGUGUAGCAACUUACCCAAUCUUUGGACGGGAUAUGUCUAGCCCCUUCAAGCCAAAACAUGUGCGCCAACUUCCAACUAAAUUUGUGCACUGAAAAUGUUAUGCCCGCUUUUUACUUUAAUGAUCUCCCUUGAACGACUCUAUCUAUUCAUUUUUCCUCCGAAUGAUCUUCACUUCUGGCCGAGGUGUUUUUUACGCACACAAAUGAGCUUUAAAUUAAAUAUGGCGAUACCCAAUUUUUAUUGGUCAAUGACUUUUCUUCAACCAAUCCCGAACUAGUAUUAGUGCUGACCCAAGGUUUGCACAAUGCACAGUCUGAUUUUUCGUUAUGCUGAUCUCAUUUAUCUAGGUUAAACCCUCAUUAAAACGGCUGUGAUAUAAUCCCUAAGCCUGUCUGGAAGGCACCAAAGGUAAUUAAAAGAACAGAAACCCAUUGAUAAUGAACGUAUCGAAAUUAUACGCAUUGCACAUGUCACAUUGUCUCCAAUGAAUGACACGUGCAAUAUUUGUCUGAGGGGCUGUUCUAGAACCUUGACAUUUUUAUACAGAUAACCACUUUUAUUUCCACGUAUUUAUGCGGGAAAAAAUUGAAUCACAUAAUCUAAAUCCAAAUCGUUUGAAAUUUAAAAAUAAUAUAUUUGAAGAAAGUUAAUAAACAAUUUUCUUUUUGCAAAAAAAGAUUUUGUGUUAAAGUAGAAGAGCUCUUAUCAAAAAACAAAUAAUCAAUCCUAAUAUGGUUUAUGCCGACGUCGCGACGUCGUGUUCAAAGCUCAAAUCAAUUGUGAGAAAACGGAGUGAUAGAGAAUAGUCUUUUAAUAGGGGUACAAAGUGAUAAUGUAGAAUAAACAACAAAAAUAGAUAUGAACAACGAGACAUUAAAAGGAAAACAGAAUUGAAAUGAAUAAACCAAUACACAAAGUUUCAAUAUUUUUGAGUUGUCAUGCACACGGACCUACAAGACGGAAAUUCGAAUUUUCUCGUAGAUACUGCAUGCGAACCUUUCCUUCUUUGGGCUGGAACCAGCUCGCUCAUUUGCAUGUUACAAGACUUUCUCGAUAUAAGUUCCUGAUACGCACUCGCAUUUAACGAAAUUCGAAGAGACAUACUUUGGCAAAUUAGCGAAUCUCUCGUACCCCAGUUUACAAAUCUCCGUUGCAAAACGUCACAACAAACAACCCCCGAAAUACAGUGCAUAUAUCUUAUGAUGUUUUUUUAUAAAUGUACUCGUAUUAACUGUCCAAGUUCACCAGAAAUAUACAUGUAAAUAUAAAAAUAUAUACAUGCUGUUCUACAUUUAUGUAUAACUAUAUGAAGACAGUACUAUAGCUGUUUAUGUGUUCAUUGUGCAAGUCUUAUUUUCUUAUUGUGAUUUAAGGUAAAGGUGUAUAUAAUAAUUAAGUGUGUAAAUAUACUAUACUACUGUACCAAUCAUAAAGCAGAUCUUAAAAGAGUCAUUCCUAAGUUUAUUUCGUUACCUUUCCUAUAAUCGCACAUCAUCUGCUUUAUGAAUAGUUUUACGUUUGUUUAUUUUUUCCUCCCAAUCGAGAGGAUAUAAGCGGUAUUCUAAAUGGAAAUAUGUAUUAUUCUUGUACUAUAUAAUAUAAAUGUUGUAAUAAAAAAUUGAGAAAGAAAAAAAACGGAAAAAAGAUGAAUUUUAAACGAACCUGUUGUACACUUUUGAAUAAUAUACUCUUUCAGUUACCGAGAUGCGUGAGCUUACUG